AUGGAGCGAGGUCAAAGUUCACAGCGCAGUGGUGAGUGGGCCAGUCUGACCUCGUCAGCGUCGGUUCCGGCGCCAGUGCACGCCAGACAGAUACUGGAAAAGCAUAGAAGGAGCAGCUGCAAAGCUGAACGGGUAAAAGUUACGGAUGCCGAAAUGUCGGAUAUUUUUCGAGCUUAUCAUGGGCGUCUCAAUAUGGUACACCAGGACAACAAGCAAGCGGUGUUUCUGCUUGUUGGACACUACUUAUAUCGAAAAGUUGCGCUAUCGUUAAUGACGUGCGUGAAAUACGAGGCCUUUUAUUCUGAAUCCAAGGAUGACGAAGGAAAGGAGGGAGAAAAGUAG